CUCAGUUCAAAAACUGUACAGAUAGAGACACAAGAAGAUGACUACCCAUUAGCGAGACUGUGCGUUCAGAAACGUGUUUCAGCGCCAUCCCUCGCGAGAGAUGCCGAUCGCAACGGCAGUCCACCCCCAGCUGUCACCGCGGCCACACGUGUGUCGCGCUCGCCAAUAAACCGACGAGAUUCGUGAUCAAAUUAUACAUUCGAUUCAUCGGGAAAAGGGACGCAUUUGCAUAUAAAUGUAAUCGUGUAAACUGGUACCAGAUUAACCGGUUGUCAAAUUAACAGUGUGGUUUGUGAAAGUAAUUUAUUAUUGAAAUUUGCCUUUGAGUGAGUGCGGCGUUUCUUGUUGAUUGUGAACGGGAAUUGGGAUUUUGAUUGUUCAUCAAGGAAGCCAAUCUACUCAUGGAUGCAUGCUGGAAAUGUCUGAAUACAUAACAAUGAUAAUCCGUUAAAAAGUGAGAAACAUAAUAUUUCAAACAAUGAAAGAGUCAAAGUUUACAAUUUGUUCUUUUUAUAGUGUAAAGUGAAAUUAUCGCAUAAAAAUGCAGAAAUUCAAAAGUGAAAACAGUAAAUAAUAAUGUGCAAUAUGACGUCACUGGGGUUGCUCCACUUUUUCAUCGUUUGCAUCACUCUGCAUGUAUUCGGUACAGUCAACAGCCUGAAGUCCCUCCAGAUCCACGUGCCUACAGCCGUGAUGACCAAUCAGGACGCAGAACUGAUGUGCACAUACGACCUGGAGGGUGCACAGUUGUACUCAAUACGGUGGUACCGGAACAUGAUAGAGUUCUACAGAUAUGUGCCGAAAGAGUCACCCGCGACGAAGGUUUUUCCGGUGGCGGAGAUCAAGGUUGAUGUGGCGCUGUCAGACCAGAACCGUGUGGUGCUGAACCAGGUGGACCGCACCCUGACCGGGGAGUACCAGUGCGAGGUGUCGGCCGACGCGCCACUCUUUCACACGGAUAUUAAGGCCGCUGAGAUGGUUGUCGUUGAGCCACCGCUCAUAAAGCCGAACGUGACGUCAAACAGACUGUCGUACGUCGGCGGAGACCACAUCCGAGCCAACUGCAGCUCCCCCCCCUCGCUGCCGGCCGCCAACAUCACGUGGUACGUCAAUGAGCAAAUGGUGCCAGGCUUUACUGCCAACCAUGUACUGAACUUCAGCAAUGGGUAUGCGUCGAGUCAAGCCACUUUGGAACUUGAGGCUGCGGCGUUGUCGCCAGUUCCCACGCUUAUGAUACGAUGUGAGGCGACAAUAUUCGACGUGUGGAAGGAGUCGAGCAACGUGCUGGUGCUCAGAGAGAGGAGCGCCAACCCCGCGUCCGCACUCGGCAGAAGCUUUACAGGUGCAGCUAACGAGACUCGUCUGUCAACAAUAAUUAUAGUCUUACUUCAAAUAGUUUUAAAUAUGGUAAUAAAUACGUAUGAAACAUCUAUAAGAUAGCUGUAGUCUAUUGAAAUUAAACUUAUUGUACUUAGGUCAUCUGAAAAGUGGUAAUUUAUAUACUGUUGCGUUUUUAAUAACUAUGUUAUAGAAUAUAGGUAUAUCUGUUAGUUUUUUUUAUAGAAAAAUUGGCUAGCUUACCCAAUUAAAUUUUAUUGAUUGGUUUUUAAAGAACAAUA